GCAAUAACCUAAAUGUGACUCAUUUAGCUAGGCCACAGAAUUGAGCAACAGAAAAUUGCAUGUAAAAAUAAGCUUGCGAGCUAGCUAGCUAGCUACGUUAGCGUCAUAGUAUAGCUAGCUAGCUAACAUAGUAAACCUGUUUUAUACUAUUGUAACGUUACAAGCUACGGUUGUAUUUUCAUUCAAUAUAUAUUUCGCCUACUCUGUCAUAAUUGUAAAAGCCGCUUAUUCUUGCCCGCGGAUAACGAUUUUAUUUUGAAUGUUUAAACAGGAAGUUUAGUUUGUCUUCGUUGACGUGAUGGAGCAACUGAGAUUUACCACCAUAUCCAGCUAGGCUACCGUUCAUUGAUUAUUCCAGCAGUUAUCCCAAAAAAACGGGAAUGUGAACGGGGCGUGUGUAGCGUUGCAGGCAGGAAAUCAGGAGGUUAUUUCGUUUAGCUAAAUAGUAAAUAUUUUUAAAUCCUCACGUUAGUUAUAAUGUUAAGAAAUAUUGUCUGGAUCAGAAGAGUUUGGCAUACAGAUGUUAACUACAUACUGGGGAGACGAAACCGUUAAUCUGGUAUAACGUUAAUGUUAGCUCAUAUUCGAACGGUAGGGCCAUUGUGUAUUUUUUAUUUUCCAUUUAACUUUAUUGAGUCUAAUAAUCUGCGGCCAAACCAUGAGCAAUAUGAUGGACAAAACGACUAACGUUAGCCGCCAACAGAGCUCGGAGAAUAACUCUGUCAGCAGUAACGAAUGGGAUAUGGCAAAUGAUGUGUUUAUGUCUGGUUACGACGACAAUCCGAUGGGGGAUAACGGUAGCGUUGCAGCGGGGGACAGGGAUCAAGAGCAGCCCAGCUCUGACAGACACCUGCCGCUGUUAUCCCAUGAUGUAAUGAUGCUGGGCUUGGCUGGGGAAGAAUAUUCGAGCUCAUAUCUGGACAUCGAUCCAAACUACACCGAAAGUGACGGAAAUUCCACAACCAAGAAGCGCAUACGGUCAAAUAGCUCCAGGCACCGCGGUGAGAUCGUUACUGAGCUGGGGCCAGAGGAGGUGCGGUGGUUUUACAAAGAGGACAAGCGGACGUGGAAACCCUUCGUUGGACAUGACUCCUUAAAAAUCGAGAUCGCCUAUCAGAGAUUCAGUAAGCAGAACCCUGACAAGGUCAAACGCCCCGUCAAUCCAGUCGAGGCUGAAGAACAGGAGGUCCAGACGGAGAGCGGAGCCGAGGACAGUGCAGAGUCGGCGGUGCAGCAUAGCGGAGGUCAGCGGCACUUGUCAGAAGAGAUGAGGGAUCCGGAAGACAUCAGCGUGGAGGCAGUGUGUGUCAGAGGGGGUCUCUAUGAAGUCGAUAUCAGGGAGAAGGAAUGCUACCCCGUUUACUGGAACCAGCAAGACCGUAUUCCUGUGAUGAGGGGUCAGUGGUUCAUUGAUGGAACGUGGCUUCCGCUGGAGGAGGACGAGAGUGACCUCAUCGAGAUGGAGAACCUUGCCCACUUCAGAGGGCAACGGAUGAGGGACACCUACGAGAUGGAGGUGGUGACCACCACAGUGGACUGCAAGGAUGCCAUCCACAGUCUGAAGCUGAGCAAGAGUCAUGUGGACUGGCACAGUGUGGAUGAGGUGUACCUGUACAGCGACGCCACAACCUCCAAGAUCGCCCGUACGGUCACUCAGAAACUAGGCUUCUCUAAAGCCUCCAGCAGUGGGACACGUCUACAUCGGGGAUAUGUGGAAGAGGCAGCACCUGAGGACAGCCCACCUGAAACCACACACAUCGUCUUCGUGGUGCAUGGCAUUGGUCAGAAGAUGGACCAGGGCCGCAUUAUCAGGAACACCAGCAUGAUGAGAGAUGCUGCCAGAAAAAUGGAGGAGAAGCACUUCUCUGAUCGUACCACAGAGCAUGUAGAGUUUCUUCCUGUUGAGUGGAGGGCAAAACUGGCUUUGGAUGGAGACACAGUGGACUCCAUCACCCCAGACAAGGUGCGAGGUCUCAGAGACAUGUUGAACAGCAGUGCCAUGGACAUCAUGUAUUACACCAGCCCUCUGUACAGAGAUGAGAUAACCAGGGGUUUGACUCUGGAGCUGAAUCGUCUGUACUCACUCUUCUGCUCGCGAAAUCCUGACUUUGAGAAAAAUGGGAAGGUGUCCAUAGUAUCGCACUCACUGGGCUGCGUCAUCACUUAUGACAUCAUGACGGGCUGGGACCCUAUGCACUUUUACCAUCAAGAAGCGGCAGUUCCUGAGGAGACAAUGGUCUGCUGGCCGAGUGAUGAGGAACACUACCUUCAGGAGCAGCUAAGACUCACACGCCUCAGGUUGAGGGACUUGGAGGAUCAAUUCCAGCGUCUGCAGACCUCGUCUUGUUCAGUGCCAGCCUUGAAGUUCAAGGUAGAAAAUUUCUUCUGUAUGGGCUCUCCUCUGGCUGUUUUCUUGGCAUUGCGAGGAAUCCGGCCUGGAAAUAAUGGUGUGCACGAUCACAUCCUCCCCACGACUAUCUGCAAACGCCUCUUCAACAUCUUUCAUCCCACAGACCCUGUGGCAUACAGAUUGGAGCCUCUUAUCUUAAAGCACUACAGUAACAUUGCACCUGUUCAAAUCCACUGGUACAACACUACCAGCCCAACACAGUACGCUCGGAUCCGGCCCACACUGCUUAAUCCCCCAAAGGAAACGACAUCUGUCUCAGACUCAGAGAGCAUCCCAAGCCCCUGCACUUCCCCGCCCCAGGCCAGACGCCACUAUGGAGAGUCCAUCACCAACCUCGGCAAGGCCAGCAUCAUGGGUGAGCAUGCAGGGAGGGUAAUGGCUGCAUGAACGGUAGAUGCAGUA